GAGAAAAGAAAAUGAAGUUUAUGAAACUUGGAUCCAAACCUGAUUCAUCUCAGUCUAAAGGAGACAAUAUUAGGUAUGUUGCAACUGAGUUAGAAACAGAGAUUAUCGUCAUCAUCGGCAGUGUCAAAUUCUAUUUGCAUAAGUUUCCAUUGCUGUCCAAAAGUGGAUUCCUGGAGAAACUCAUAGCAACAUCAAACAAUGAAGAGAAGAAGAACCACCAAAUUGAUGAGAUUGACAUAUCAGAGAUUCCUGGUGGUUCUGUUGCUUUUGAGAUUUGUGUUAAGUUUUGUUACGGAAUCACGGUGACUUUAAACGCUUACAAUGUGGUUGCAGCUCGUAGCGCAGCUGAGUUCUUGGAGAUGAAUGAAACGUUUGAGAAAAGCAAUCUUGUUUACAAGAUUGAUGUUUUCUUGAACUCAACUAUCUUCCAUAGCUGGAAAGACUCUAUAAUCGUCCUUCAGACCACAAGAGAUAUCUCUCCUAAUUGCUCAGAUGAGUUUAGCCUCAAGCUUGUUAAGCGUUGUCUCGACUCUAUAGCCUCUACAGCUUCCAUAGACACCUCCAAAGUGGAAUGGUCUUACACUUACAACAGGAAGAAGAAGCUUGAUCAAAAGGUAAGAAAACAAGAAGCAGUUCCAAAAGACUGGUGGGUCGAAGAUUUAUGCGAUCUUCACAUAGAUUUGUAUAAACAAACCAUUGAAGGAAUCAAGAAGAGAGGGAAAGUCCCUGAUAACGUUAUUGGAGAAGCGUUACACGCUUAUGCAAGAAGAAGAAUAGCUGGUUUUAGCAAAGGCUCAGUGAAGAUCAUUGACAAAUCUUUGACUAAUUCAAUCAUUGAGCUUAUCCCUGAUGAGAAAGGAAGCGUUUCUUCUAGUUUCUUGAGUAAGCUACUUCGAGCAUCGAUCUCUCUUGGGUGUGAAGAAACCGUGAAAGAGAAGUUAAAGAAACGUAUCAGCGAGCAGCUUGAAGAGACAACAGUAAGUGAUAUCUUAAUGUAUGAUGUAGAUAUGGUGCAGAGCCUAGUCAUUGAGUUUAUGAACCGAGACCUGAAAACUCACUCGAAAGUACCGGUUGCAAAGCUCAUUGAUGGAUACUUAGCCGAGAAAUCAAGAGAUUCAAAUUUCCUUCUCCAAAACUUCCUCUCUCUCGCUGAGACAAUCUCUAGCUUCCCAAGACAGUCUCAUGAUGGUUUAUAUCGUGCCAUUGACAUGUUUCUGAAGGAACAUUCGGGGAUUAGCAAGAGCGAGAAGAAGAGAAUAUGCGGGUUAAUGGAUUGUAGGAAACUAUCAGCGGAAGCGUGUGAACAUGCGGUGCAGAACGAGCGUUUGCCAAUGCGAGUGAUAGUGCAAGUUCUGUUUUUUGAACAGAUUAGAGCCAAUGGUUCAUCAACAGAGAACAGUACUCCUGAGCUCACCACAACGACCUUGAACACUGAGGAAGAUGAAUGGUACCAUGAGAAAGAGUUUUGAUCUUUAGCAUUGUUGAAUCU